CCGAUGUGCGCAUGCGCAGUGCGGGUGUCAGCGGGUUGGUUGUGCCUGUGUUUACAGCUCUGCUGGAUGCUGAUGUUAUUGGGAAGUGCAAUGUUGUACCGACCGCAUUGGAAUAUAUCCAACCGUGGGAAUUAAGGUGAUUUUGCUCAUCAUCUCCCACCACUCUCUCCUCCCGUCUCCCAUUCAUGAGCAGCGUGGCUGAGUUAAACAGCGGAAGCCAUGGAUGACAAGGGCUCGGUGGGGAAGAUUAGCGUGUCUUCGGACUCAGUGUCCACUCUCAACAGUGAGGAUUUUGUCCUCGUGUCCCGGCUGGGGGACGAGACCCCCUCCUCCACUAAUAAUGGUAGUGAUGACGAAAAGACAGGACUAAAGGUGAUUUCUGAGGAAGGGGUCAGCUUUAAGAUCGUGGGGAAUGGAAGUGAGCAGCAGCUCCAGAGGGAGUUAGAGGAUGUCCUCAUGGACCCGUCGGUAGCUGACACUGGCCUCAAAUCAGAAACGGUAAUGGAAAACCUCGGCGCACUUCCUGCCACGGCGUCACCUGUACCUCCGGGCUCCGACCCCCUGAGUGCACAACCACCCAAGUUGGAGAUGGUGCUCCCUGUUCAGACGGCGCAGGAGAGUGAGCUGAAUGAGCGGUCGUACCGAGCGGAUGAGUCCUCGUCAGACGGAAGUCCCGGCAGCCCCAUCCCAGAUGAGGACAGCGUUGUGUUCAGCCAGCUGACGUACCUCGGCUGUGCCUCAGUCAACGCCCCCCGCAGUGAGGUGGAGGCCCUCCGUAUGAUGAGCAUCCUCAGAGGGCAGUGCCAACUCCCCCUGGAUGUCACACUGUCUGUGCCAGGCGUGUCCGAAGGCACCGUCAGGUUGCUGGACCCUAAUACCAGUACAGAGAUCGCCAACUACCCGAUCUACAAGAUUCUGUUCUGCGUGCGAGGCCACGAUGGCACACCGGAGAGCGACUGCUUUGCCUUCACCGAGAGCCACUACAACGCAGAGAUCUUUAGGAUCCACGUGUUCCGCUGCCAAAUCCAAGAAGCGGUGAGCAGGAUACUGUACAGCUUCGCCACGGCGUUCCGGCGGUCAGCGAAGAAGAUACUUCUGUCAUCACAGCAGCCUGCGCCGCUGACCCCUGACAGCGACCUGUUCACCUUCACUGUCAGUCAGGAAAUUAAGGAGGAUGAUGGCAAAGGCACCUUCAGUGCUGUAGUAAAAGACAAGGACAAGCAGAGCUUCAAGCUGCGUGCAGGAAUGGACAAGAAAAUUGUUAUUUAUAUCCAGCAGACCUCUAAUAAGGAACUGGCUAUUGAGAGGUGUUUCGGUCUCUUGCUCAGCCCAGGGAAGAAUGUGAAGAACAGUGAUAUGCACCUGCUAGAUCUGGAGUCAAUGGGAAAGAGCUCCGACGGGAAGUCUUACAUCAUCACAGGAAGUUGGAACCCCAACACGCCUCAGUUCCAGCCUGUGAAUGAGGAAACGCCUAAAGAUAAAUUCAUGUACAUGACGACAGCGAUAGACCUGGUGAUCACGGAGGUGGAGGAGCCGGUCCGUUUCCUGCUGGAGACGAGGGUCAGAGUGUGCUCGCCAAAUGACCGGCUGUUCUGGCCCUUCAGCAAGCGCAACUACACUGAGACCUUCUACCUUAGACUACGGCAGAUGGAGCGGAAGGAGCGGAAGAGUCCUGCCUCUGACACACUUUAUGAGGUGGUGAGUCUGGAAAGCGAGACUGAGAGAGAGAAGCGGAAGACCACUGCCAGUCCCGGCAUAAUGCCCACCAGGACUGGUACCACGGUGCCUUCCCCGCCCGAGGAUGACGAAGAGGAAGAUAACGACGAGCCGUUACUCAGCGGGUCAGGUGACGUUUCCAAGGAGUGUGCAGAGAAAAUCCUUGAGACCUGGGGGGACUUGUUGUCCAAGUGGCACUUGAACUUAUCGGUGCGACCCAGGCAGCUGCCGGCUUUGGUGCGGAGCGGCAUCCCCGAGGCUCUCCGCGGGGAGGUGUGGCAGCUCCUGGCCGGCUGCCACAACAACGACCACCAGGUAGAAGAGUACCGCACUCUGAUCACAAAGGAGUCCCCUCAAGACAGUGCCAUUACCAGGGACAUUAACAGGACAUUCCCGGCUCAUGACUACUUCAAAGACACCGGAGGAGACGGACAGGACUCCCUGUACAAGAUCUGCAAGGCCUACUCCGUUUACGAUGAGGAGAUCGGCUACUGCCAGGGACAGUCCUUCUUGGCUGCUGUGCUGCUGCUGCACAUGCCAGAGGAACAAGCUUUCAGCGUGCUGGUCAAGAUCAUGUUUGAUUACGGGCUCAGGGACCUCUUCAAGCAGAACUUUGAAGAUCUGCAUUGCAAGUUCUUCCAGCUCGAGAGGCUCAUGCAGGAAUAUAUACCAGACCUGUACAACCAUUUCCUGAACGUGGGUUUGGAGGCUCACAUGUAUGCCUCUCAGUGGUUCCUCACGCUCUUCACAGCCAAGUUCCCUCUGUACAUGGUCUUCCAUAUCAUCGACCUGCUGCUGUGUGAGGGCAUCAGUGUGAUCUUCAAUGUGGCGUUGGCGUUGCUUAAGACGUCGAAGGACGAUCUGAUCAACACAGACUUCGAGGGUGCACUCAAAUUCUUUCGUGUCCCGGUUCCGAAGAGGUACCGAUCCGAGGAGAACGCAAAGAAGCUGAUGGAGCUGGCUUGUAGUAUUAAGAUCAGCCAGAAAAAGUUGAAGAAAUUUGAGAAGGAGUACCACACCUUGCGGGAGCAACAGGAGCAACAAGAGGCCCCCAUCGAGAGAUAUGAGCGGGAGAACCGUCGCUUGCAAGACGCCAACAUGCGCUUGGAGCAGGAAAACGACGACCUGGCCCACGAACUAGUCAGCAGCAAGAUAGCCCUGCGCAGGGACCUGGACAACGCUGAGGAGAAGGCGGACGCCCUGAACAAAGAGUUGCUGCUGACCAAGCAGAAACUGGUGGACUCUGAGGACGAGAAGAGACGCCUGGAAGAAGAAUCUGCGCAGCUCAAGGAGAUGUGCAGACGAGAGCUCGAUAAGUCUGAAUCUGAGAUAAAGAAGAACGGUUCCAUUAUUGGAGAAUACAAGCAGAUCUGCUCCCAGCUGAGUGAACGACUGGAGAAACAACAGACGGCCAACCGAGGAGAACUUGAGAAAAUCCGGUCCAAAGUGGAGGGCUGUGAGAAGUGCAGCGGCCUUUUCAACAAAGAAGGUCGCGUGCGGGCGGCUGUGAGCCGGGCCACAGCCGGAGGGGCCGAGGAGACCGAUGAGGAGAAGGAGGACUUGAAGAACCAGCUGAGAGAGAUGGAGCUGGAACUGGCUCAGACCAAACUGCAGCUGGUUGAGGCGGAGUGCAAAAUCCAGGACCUGGAGCACCACCUGGGUCUGGCCUUCAACGAAGUGCAGGCCGCCAAGAAGACCUGGUUCAACCGCACGCUCAGCUCCAUCAAGACCGUCACGGGGGCCCAGGGCAAGGAGACCACCUAACCUGUAAUACACCCCCCCACCCUCACCCUCCUCCCCCAACCAGCUUUACCCAGACACGUCUGGCAAUUAGAGCAUCUCGCUACGCUGAAACCGCUGGACGCUUAACUUCACCCGCCGGGACGGACGGACUUUGACAUUCACCCAUGAAUUACCACGACUACAGACUGUGUUACUUGCCCUUCUAUUCACGAGUCCCUGCCACCCCCCCUCCCCCUCCAUUAUCUUAUCCACCCCGAAUGACUACAGCCAAAUGGGCUGAUGCGAAGGGGUUAACAAAUAAGGUGAAGUACAAACCCCCCCCGACCCACCCAGAGACACGAUGUGCUUCCACGGGUCACACAAGUGUGAGAUAACUGAAAAAAAAAGAAAAAAAAGGACGUGCUCCAUUUAUUUCUGUCUUUGAACUGCUGAUGUUGACGAGCCGCAGAAGGAAGGUAGGACACCUGCAGUGUGGCGCCGUCCUUCCUCACUCUUCUGCCUCCUCUUCACCACCGGCACUAACCAGCCGGUUCCUGUAAAAAUCCUGGUUUUAGGUACGAGAGCUAAUAGACACCUUUUGAAAUCGGAGCUUUUCUAAUUUACGUUGAACAAUACCUUUCUUUUUCCAUGUAUGUACACGAAUGUGCUUAUGUAAUGAGCAUGUGUGUGUGUGUUUGUGUGUAAGCACGCAGAUUUUGUUUUGUGUCAGACUGUAAAAAAUUGUGUUUGAAUGCGUAAAUAAUUGACUGAGAUAAUGUUCUAAUGUGUGUACAACAGAAAGACGGACAGCGUGUGAUACUCCAAGGGAAAAGAAAAAAGCACUAAGGUGUGUGUGUGUGAGAGUGUGUGUGUGUGUGUGUGUGCGUGUGUGUGUGUGUGUGUGUGUGUGUGUGUGUGUGUGUGUGUGUGUGUGUGUGUGUGUGUGUGUGUGUGUGUGUGUGUGUGUGUGUGUGUGAGUGAUGCUGCAGAAAAGGUUUCUGCCAAAGACUUGAUCUGAGGGUGGAUGAAGAUGAAACCAGUGGAUAUGAACAUGUGGGGACAAUGUAACAUGCUGGAGGUUUGUUUGAUGUGGAUUUCCAAGCACAAAGAAACUAAAAAAAAAACAUCCAAACUUCCGCAUGUAACACACUUCACCUGUCUGAAUGUAUGAACGUAGUAAACGCCAGGGGGUCCCGUGAUUGUUACGCACCCUAAACGUCCCUUUGAGGAAGUGGGAAGUCCAAAUGGAAACAACCAACAUUCACAGGAGGUUGUAAUUCCUGCUGCACUUGAACACACCGCAACCCCCCUCCCUCCCCCUCCCUACUCUGGCGUCAGCUGCUCUGUGACCUUUGACCUUGGCCGUCAGGGUCACGUUUGAUACUUUGCUCAGCGGCGUAUUUACCAAACUUCUUUUUGGGAUCUCCUUAACCACUAUAUAUAAAAAUAAGAAUUACACUGUUUGAAAAAAAGAUGUUUUUUCUGAACGGCACUAUGGGCGUCUAUGGGAGGAUGAGGCAACAGUGAGCAAGCGAUGAGAGGAGAAGGCCACAUGAGGGGGGGGGCACAAUCAGCACAAAAAGCUUGACUCCCGGGUGACGCUGGGGGGGGUCAGCUCAUGAUUUCCUGGCCGUGGGACAAAAAGCUCAUAACGAGACGGGUUACAUGAUGUUCCGGGUGACGGUUUCACAAACCGAUCAGCUUUAUUUAGCUUUACGUUCAAUCCUGGUGAAAGACUCUCAGCACUUUGAUGAAUUAGUGUCUCAGCGGGUUAAGGGAAAUGUGCAGCACUCCACCUUCAGCGUGGAUCAGUCCCAGGAGGUCAGAGUGAGGUCAUCAGAGGGUCAAGCAGGGGGUCAAACUGAAAUACACUCCGGAUGAGGCCAGAGGAGUUUGGGUGUUGAGCAAGUGCUUGUGUGUGUGUUUUUGUGUCUUGUUGUCAUGUUAAGCUGACUGGAAAAGUCUCAACAAUAUUUAAAUUUCUAUUCAUAUUUCUUGGAUCAGAUUAAACUGAAGAAAGAAAAGAAAUGCUUUUUUUGUGGUUUUAGCUUCAAAUUAACAGUUACUGCUAAUUGCAUCCGACUUGAAGGAGGAAUCUGAUUGGCUGAAAUCUACUGGUGACGUCAGAAAGGUCCAGAUGAAGAAAAAAAAGGGCCGUCCCUCUCAAGGCACUGGGUUGUAUAUAACGAACAUUUAGAAAUAAAAAUGAAUAUUCCGUUAUGAUUUUCUACAGUGUAACUAUAACUAACGUUGCCUACUUGUACCUACAAACCUGCUGUUGUGCUAUUAAUCCACAAGAUUUGUUUUUAAUGUUUAUAUUGCUCAAACUUCUCAGUCGGGCUGCUGUUUGGUUAAUUAAAUGCCAAAACGUAGCGUUAUCAUCCACCAACAAAAAACAUUAUCAACGUGUGGAAAUUGUUAUAGUGUAGGAUACAUUGUGUAUACUUCAUGAAUUCCAAUAUAAAGAUAUCAACACAAUA